CUCUCUCCCUCCACCCACCCACCCAUCCAUCCAUCCAUCCAUCCGCUCACCCACCCACCCCCGCCCGCCCUCCAUGGGCCGGCGCGGCCGGCGCUGAGCGCCGGGAGGCAGCGCCCGGCGGCGCCCGGCUGCCGCGAUGAGCGGCGGGGAGGUGGUGUGCUCGGGCUGGCUCCGAAAGUCACCGCCGGAGAAGAAGUUACGGAGAUACGCAUGGAAGAAACGCUGGUUCGUCCUGCGCAGCGGUCGGAUGAGCGGYGACCCCGAUGUCCUGGAGUACUACAAAAAUGACCACUCCAAGAAACCUCUGCGUGUCAUCAACCUCAACUUCUGCGAGCAAGUGGACGCGGGCCUGACCUUCAACAAGAAGGAGCUGCAAGACAGCUACAUCUUUGACAUCAAGACGAGUGACAGGACCUUCUACCUGGUGGCUGAGACUGAGGACGACAUGAACAAAUGGGUUCGCAGCAUCUGCCAGAUCUGUGGCUUCAACCAGUCCGAGGAGAACACAGACACCCUGAGGAGCCUGGCAUCCAUGAACCACGCCCCGCGUUCCUCCCCGGCAGAGCUCAGCGGUGCCAGCCACCACCUGCUGCGGGAGCGCAAGUCCUCGGCACCGUCCCACUCCAGCCAGCCCACCCUGUUCACCUUCGACUCACCYRCCAGCCACCUCCAGAGCACCCUGUCUGCCAGUGCCCCCCAGGACUACCUUUUCCUCCACCAGUGCAUGAGCAGAAAGUCAGAAAAUGCAAGGAGUGCCAGCUUCUCCCAAGCCACGAGGUCUGCCUUCUUCAUGCGGAGCGACACGGCRGUGCAGAAGCUCUCGCAGGGCAAUGGGCACUGUGUGAACGGCAUUGGAGGGCAGCUGCACGGCUUUUACAGCCUGCCAAAGCCCAGCCGGCACAACUCGGAGUUCAGGGACAGUGCCUACGACCUCCCGCGUUCCUUCGGCUCCUACAGCCACCCCAAGUCGAGCCUCACCAGCUCUGAAACUGAUAAUGAGGAGGUCUACACCUACAAGACUCCCAACAACACCCUAUGUAAGGARUUUGGGGAGCUCUCCACGGACUCCUAUGACAUCCCUGCCACCCCACUCUCCAUCUACCAGAUCCCCAGGACAUUUACGCUGGACAAGAACCACAAUGCUCUGGCCGUGGCCGCCAGCGACUCACCUGCUGCACCACCCCCACGGCCCCCAAAACCUGGGCAGACAGAGCCACGGUGGGGCAGCCCGCCCCAGAGGCCCCAGCCUGGGGAAAAUUUGGGUCUCACCCCCAUGGCAGCCACCAUUCCCCGGAGAAACACGCUGCCAGCAGUGGAGAACAGCAGACUGCACCGAGCUUCUUCUUGUGAGACGUACGAGUACCCCCAGCGCGGGGGUGACAGCGCUGUGCAUUCCGCAGAGUCCAUGAACGAUGGCUACAACUCCUACCUGCAGGCCAAGGCAGCGGUGGCCCGCUCCCACAGCACCGACUCCGAGGACAACUACGUCCCUAUGAACCCCGGUUCCUCGCCCCUAAUCCACGCCGAGAAAGCCAACGACAACGCCCAAAACCUCUACAUCCCCAUGAGCCCUGGGCCGCAUCACUUUGACCUGGUGGGGCUGUCCUCAGGCACCCUUCCUGUGCACAAAGGAGGAGCCGUGGCUCAGUGCCACAGACGGCUGAGUGAAAUCCAGCCCCCGCCUGUCAACCGCAACCUCAAACCCGACCGGAAAGCAAAGCCAUCACCGCUGGACCUGAGGAACAACACUGUCAUCGAUGAGCUUCCCUUCAAAUCGCCAGUCACAAAAUCCUGGUCCAGGCCAACGCAGUCCUUCAACGCUGGCUCUCUGCAGUACUGUCGCCCUGUCUCCUCGCAGAGCAUCACCAGCACUGACUCGGGAGACAGCGAGGAGAACUACGUGGCGAUGCAAAACCCCAUUUCUGCUUCUCCUGUUCCUAGUGGUACCAACAGCCCAGCGCCUAAAAAGAGUUCGGGGAGUGUGGAUUACCUGGCCCUGGACUUCCAGCCAAGCUCACCAGGGCCACACAGGAAGCCCUCCACCUCGUCGGUCGCCUCAGAUGAGAAGGUUGAUUACGUGCAAGUGGACAAGGAGAAGACGCAGGCGCUGCAGAGCACCAUGCAGGAGUGGACGGAUGUGCGGCAGUCCUCGGAGCCCGCCAAGAGCACGAAGCAGUAGUGCCCGCAGCAGGCAGCCAAACAGGCACAUGCCCUGUUGGUUUCCCCCAGCURCAGCCCCACUGGGCUGCCAGAUCCACUUGGGCUGAUUUCUAAGACUUGUGUGUGGAGGCGAAGGGGUUUCAUUGGUUUUUUUUCCUCUUAAAACAAAACAAAACAAAACUUAAUUUCAGGGGAAGACUUGGCGGAUACUGUUUGCCAGUGGUAAAGACCAACCGUGUUCGGUGGCUAGGUUUGUGCUUWAUGGAUGCACUGCUGGAUGCACUAUCCAGGAACUUUGACUUAGCAAUACCAGGUUUCACCCUACACAUCUUUUGCUUGCAGCGAUUAAAGCCAUCUCRUAUGUGCUCACACUGCAUCAUCUCUCCCCAUCUGCUUCCAUGCCACACAGGUUUUCAGCAUCUCACAUAGGAUAUCAUUCCCCAGCUGUGAUUCUCCACUCCUUAUGGUUGUCCUCUUCUCUGCCUCCUCCCAGUCCCAAAACUGAGCAAACUGAUUUCAAUUCCUUUUGAAAUCACUUUUCUUGUACCGUCUCUUGUAUAUAAUGUGCCCAAAACCUCUGAAGGCUGUUCUCCUCCUGGCUGGACAGCCCCYGUGGUUUUGGUUGGGGUUGUUAACCUUCAGGAGCUUGACAARCAUUCACACCAUCCCACUGAGCUGACUUAGGAGCCCAGGGCUUGCCCCAUCAUUUACACAGGUGUCUUCUGUUUAUCUUCUCCAUCAGCUCUCAAGGUCAGUGGGCUGCAGAGAUUGGCUUUGGAAGGGGCUGGAGAGAGUGGCUUUGGAAGGUGGAAUUUAAGCGUUGACCCACUAUCUGCCUAUCUGAAACCAGUUCCUGUGAAUCUGACCCUAAGAACCAAAAUUUGCCUUUUGUGGCACCAAAAGCCCAUAGAGUGAGAGUCCUACAUGGUGGGCACCCUGAGAAGCUCUGUGGUUGAGUUUGAGGGGGUCUGGGGGUCUCUGGAGACCUUGUGUGCAUGGACUGGCAUAAGGAUGAGUGACAAGAAGGGAGUGGGAAGGCUGCUGCAAGGACUGUGGGAAGGCAGGUGCUGUACUGCAGAGGUUGGUCUCGGGUGAGRAAGCCUGGUGGAAUGUUUCUUGGAAGGAAGAAGAGGAGUAGUUGAAAUGUUGGUUGAUGGUGAGGUCAGAGGCUUGGGAAGAGGCUGGUCAGGAGAGUCAGGGCGAGGCGUUUCAGUGUGAGCUUUAACGUGGCGUUGUGGCUGGUUUGUGGAGGGUGCAAAAGGCUGAGCUCUUUUCCCCUCAUCUCCAGCAAUGUUUCUUCAACACAGAAAUGGGGCUUGCUGACAUGAAUGACCCUAGGCUCUAAUUAUGGGUGGGAGUCUGUUGUUGUCCCUUGCCAGCAUCCUUAACACAUCCAGGCUUUGGGAUCGCUCCCCAGGCAGCUGCUGAGCACAGAGAGAAGAGAAGGAUGAGGCAAUUUAAUGCAGAGAUAAUAAUUCAUGAUCUCAUGAAAACAGGAAGAACUAAUGAUUGCCAUGGAGCAGCCUGAUUGCCAGACUGCAAGYGCUGACACGAAUAAACAGGCUGACYGCAAACCAAGAGCCAAAUGAAGGAGACAUUAGAAAGAUUAGGUAAUAAUAUUUAUUAAAGAGCUGRAGCUAUUCUUUCUGCAAGCUGAACCCCUCCCAGAGCCGUGGGCUCUGUGUUCCACCAACACCACCAAGUUAUAUUGAUUAUUAAUGCUUAAGCAUUAACACAUUUGUUUAAUCUUGGUCUGAGUUUGGAAAGGGCCAGACAUGACCCCCAUGGGGAUGGGAUACCAGACCCUUAAGGGCUGUGUGCUGCUCUGUGCUGGUAAAAUAAGUCUUGAACUUUUGACACCCUUUUGUAUUUUCUUCUCACAUGCCAUAAAAGGGAAGGAUGUUAAUGGAAAAGCUCUGACAACCCUGUUAAGACACUGGAGUGUUGGGCUUUUACAGGAAUAAUGAAGCAAAUAUCCUAAUCCUUAUGCUAAAAAUAAUAAUUACUAGAAGGAAAAAAAAAUCAAAGCCCUAAAGGGGAAGAUAUAACACAGUCAGAUGUUUUCUGAAGGUCAGGGGAUGUGUUACAGCCUGCAAGGGCCUCUGUCUCCUGCUGGGGGUUGCACACUUACCUGGUGAGAUGACGAAAUGAAGACUAGAAUGUACUACCAGUCCRUGUUUUCACCGAAACAGAUACAUUCCUCUCUUUUUUCCCCUGCUGAGCACCAAGCAAACAGCACCUCCAAACUAAAGAGAAUCCCACAGACUGUGCCAUGCAGACAUGAGUGCAUCAAYCCCUCCUGAGAGCAUUAAGUAAUCAAUGGCUUCAGUGGAAAUAGUCACCCAUGAUGAUUGCCGAGCUGAUUACAGCAGUCCCUGGUGAUUAAUGUUUGUGCAGUAUUUAGUYUUAAACCAUAUUGAAAAGCAGCUGCUUUAAUUACAUGGACUGCCAAAAGAACUUUGUCCUGAAGGCAUUGAGUUUAUCACAUCCACUUUAUACUUGGAUUCUCAAGUAUGAYAGACUCCUUUGUUAGAAAUAGGUAUUUUAGGAAGCUGAGAACAUUGCAAAUUAUUCAUUUUAAUUGCAAUUAAACUGGCUUGAGCCUUCACGUCAGAGCCUGCUUCAUCGCUCUGUGGUUUGAAUUGGAAAAGAGAUGUGCUUAACAUGAUGUGUGCUCAUGGAGAAGGGUUGUGUGUGGGACAAGCACCAUGACCUCAAUAUUGAGUUUUAUGAAGAUCCAUGGUGACAGCUCAAAGCUUUCCCCAAGCUUUAAAAUUUUAAGCAGGUGUUUCUAAAGGCAAAAGUCUCCAAAAGCGUGUAUCCCUUGCUGUGAGUGUGCAACUGCUGCUCUUGGUUUCUCUGUCUGGUGAGAUGUGUGAGCUGCCUUGGAGCUGAUUUGCUCUGAACUGACAUUGAGUGUUCAGUGGGAAAURCAUUUCCAGCCCUAAAUGGAUGCCAGGCCUAGGCUUAGUCUCAAGCUGGUGAAAGAAAAUAAUGCAUGAGCACAGACUGCACCAGGGCAAAGCUGGGAGUCUGGCAGAUAGGGCCAAAUGCAGGGUUGGAACCAAAAGGUAGGGAAGGCUUGGCUUGACUGGGGCCUAACUGGCAUGGAUUUGGACUCUGGGCCACUGGCAAGGGUGAUAUAUGGGAGAACAUGAAAUUGGGAUGAAAGAAGGCAGGAGAGUUUGCCAGUGAGGUUUGGGUCUCGGUCCUCACCAUGUGCUCCUUGGGCCUGAGUCUUGAGUCGGAUGUGCGGACAUUUGUGGGGUGUGGAAUGCUCAGGAAAAGCCAUGCAUUGAUGGGAGGGGAGCCAUCACUUCCACCACUCUCGGGACUUACCCAGGGCAUUUCAGUCUCAAGGGGGUCAUCCUGCCUGACAGCACAAUGCCUGUGCUCUGGCUUUCAGGGAUCCUUGGUCCAUUCACCCAGCUCUGAGCUGGGCAGGAGAAACCCUACAAGAGAUGUAUGAGGACCAGGAUGUGCUGGGCUACACCUUGCUGAGGGGCUCCCAUGAGCUGUUCAUGGGUCAGCAGUGCCAUUGUUUCCCUGGGUUUUCCUGUGGGGUGCCACGUUCCUCCUUGGAGCUUCUCAAGACCAGUCUAGGUCAACCCCAUAGCUGACCCUUCUCAGAGCAUCCCUUCCACCCUGAGACCCUGUGCUGCUGGGCUUGAGUGGAGACUCCUCCAUGAGAGGGAAGGGCCCAAGGGGUUGCUUAGAGCCCUAUAACAUCCAAGACAGGGACUGGGCCAUUUCUCUGGCCAUGACGCCAAAUGGCAAGGCACACAGCUCAACCCCUAAGGCCAUACUUCCCAGUGAGAGGACCUGAUCUAUCCUGGGCCAUCCCUCACACCUGGGAGACAGCUGGCGGGCCCAGAGCAAGUUAUCCAGGACAUGGACACACAGUUCUAGCAACUGGGAGACAGCUUGAACCUAUAAAUUUGUUAGGCUAGAUCCAGAGCUCUCAGCAGCCCCGUGCACCUCCUACACCCUGGCAUCCCAGUCCCUUAAGCAUUCCAGGAAGAGUUGGCUUGUUUUGGCUACCCAGUGAUCUUGGCUCUUUGGGUGGGGUACAGCCAUGUCCAAGUCUUAUGGAAGAUGUUAAAAUAGUUCCCAGGUUCUGUCUGAUCUUUCUGGCCCAGGAGGCAAGUAAGAGGAUGGUUUUUUCAAGUCAUGCUUGCGUUGUGUUUGUGUUUUCCCACCCGGCGUAGUAACAGUUCCACUCCAUGUGAAAUUUGGCACCCACACUGUGUUCCAUUGGAGAGAAGCUGUCUGGGUGAGGUGGAUGCUGCAGGGCUGGGAUUAUGGCACAGCCCAAGYUGUAACAGGAAGGGGGAAGAGCAAAGCCUAACCCUGGCACCAGCCAGAGAACACACGUGGCCAAUCCAAGAGCCAUCAAGAAAAUCAGAGGGACAAGCCCARCAUCAAAUCACAAGGGCCAAUAAGCCAAUUUAGGGCCCCUGAUGAGACUGAGCGUUUCACUUCUCUGCCCCAUCUUCCCACAUGUACACAAUGAUCUUGCAGCCGUUAACGAUGCUCUUGCRGGUAGAGAUGUGCGCCUUUUGAUCACAAUUUUUCCUUGGCCUGGAGAAGUUCAUCCCUCCAUCAGCCUGUCCUUACUGUCUCAUCUUUGUAGUCACAAUUUCAUCUCCUUGUUCACAGCUCCUAGUGUAGUGCUAUUGAUCAGGUUGCUGAUUUAGCAUUGACUCUUACUGAGGAAAGUUGCUAUGUAGCAAGGUGUCAUCAAACAGCUGUCCCCUUCUGGCCCACGGCCAGCUGGUCCUGGCACGUGGCAACCAAGUUUUAACACCAGCCAGUAACAUCUGAAACAAAAGCUGAGCCACAUGGCUCCAUCUCUUGAGCUAAAAGAGUUUCUCAGCAGUUGCUCCCAGUCAGCAGGCACUUAACAUUUGAGGAAGCCCUCAAUAAAGGGUUUAUUUGCAGGCCAGUGGGUUGACUGCAUGGGAGAGGUUUGCCCCAAGACCAGGAGAUAAGAACCAUCGUUUUUAUUGUCAUUCUCCGGGUGACA